AUGGCAUUUUGGCAGCAGUCUUGUUGGUGUUGUGCCAACAAACAGUGUAAGUUCAAGUACAACUAUGAGUGGCGUGAUCGAUGCCUCCGCUGUGGCAAGGAUGAGGGCGGCCCCAGUCAGCGCGUGGUCCAGCCCCGCGGCGUCUGGGCUGGUGGCAUCUCCCCUUCCGUACGUGCGCCCAAGCCGAAGGGUCCUCCGCCCCUCACCGAUGCGCAGGUCCGCGCCUAUGCCGCCAUGGACCCCGCUGCGCAUGAGGCCGUUGCGGACACGCUCAGCCAGUCGGCGAGGGAUCGCAUCCAGCACCAGCGGGGCCUCCUCUCGGGUGAUCCGCAGCUGGUGUCGAGGGCCGCGCAGAAGGAAAGUGAUGUGCUCACGGAUCGGCUUGGCAAGGUGCAGAAGAAGUACGACAAGGCGCAGGAGAACCUGCACCGCGCCGUCCGCUGGGCAGCAGAGGUUGGCGCUGAGCUCGAAGAGCUCCAGCAGCAGCAGAAGGAGGCGGCCGCGCGCGGGGCAGCGGCACUUGCGCGUGUGGGCGGCACGGCCGCUGCCGCGCCUGGCACGCCGCCUGGCCAGUGCGACGGGCUGCCCCAGCAGGCGCGGCUGCUUGGCGACGCCGAGCUCGAGGCCAAGCUCACGGAGGUGGCGGCGCAGCUGACGAUCGCCCAGCAGGAGCUGCAGGCGAAGGCCGCGCAG